UUUUAUUUUUUAUUUUUUGGGACAAGGAAAAAAUAUAUACCAUGACGAUUUUAGCUCAAUCAGAUAUCCGUUCAGCCAUGCAUUUUGCCACCGCUUUCCGCCACCCUUCCACCGGUUUCAACCUUUCUCGUGCCAUCAUUUUCCGUCAGUCUCCUCUGCUGCCGUUGCGGAGGUUGGCCAUCAGAGUCAAAGCCUUCUCAACCGACACCGACAAGAGCAGCAGCUCCGCCGGUGCUUCGAGCACCGGCGUCGGAAAGCUUCCUGAAAAGCCGCCGAUUUGCACCGCCGAUGAACUUCACUAUGUAACCGUUAAGAAUUCUCAAUGGAGACUUGCUCUCUGGCGCUACUCUCCUCCCCCUCAGGCGCCAAGGAGGAAUCAUCCGUUGCUACUGUUGUCAGGUGUGGGGACUAAUGCAAUUGGAUAUGAUCUCUCCCCCGGGUCUUCAUUUGCCCGUUACAUGUGUGGGCAAGGAUUUGACACAUGGAUCCUUGAAGUUCGUGGUGCGGGUUUGAGCAUGCAGGAGUCAGAUGCCAAAGACAUUGAGAAGUCGGCUUAUGCUAUAUCUGAAGAAAUGGAAGCAGCUGCUGAGGGUGCAACUAAUGGUGCACCCUCUGCAGUGCAGAAGUCAACUGUUAACCAAAAUAAGUCAGCAGAAUCUAAGGUUUCUGCAGUUAAUGAAGAUGUUUUGGGGAUUCCUACAGCAUGGGAUGAAUCAAAAUUGGUGGCAAAACUAACAGAGACUUUUAUCAGUUUGUCAGAAAGAUUCUCUGGCUUUCUCAAUGAAAGUCAGUCAAGAAUUAUGUCUGCUAAAUUAUUUGAUCAGAUAUCUAAAUUAUUAGAAGAUUCUUUUCUAUUUGAACGCUUUAAUGAGGUAAGGGGGAAACUGUUGAAUUUACUAGAAACCAGACAGAGUUCUGCAGUUGCUGGCCAAAUAAGAGAUUUAAGUCAGAAGCUAGUGAAUAUUGUAGAAGAGGGACAGCGUUCUGUUUCGCCUCAGUUAUAUGAUCUACAGGAGCGUCUUGCAACAACUAUAGAAGAUUUCCAGAAACAACUAGACUUGAUUGUCAAGUACGAUUGGGACUUUGAUCAUUACCUGGAAGAGGAUGUCCCUGUGGUGAUGGAAUAUAUAAGGGCCCAAAGUGGAUCUCGGGAUGGAAAAUUGCUUGCAAUUGGACAUUCGAUGGGGGGCAUCUUGUUGUAUGCCAUGCUAUCAAGAUGUGCCUUCAAGGGAAGGGAGUCUGGAUUGGCUGCUACUGUUACGUUGGCCUCUUCACUUGAUUACACAACUUCUAAGUCAUCGCUCAAACUACUACUACCCCUUGCUGAUCCCGCUCAGAUUCUAAAUGUGCCUGUCGUUCCAUUAGGAGCAUUACUUUCUGCUGCUUAUCCUCUCUCAUCUAGUCCUCCUUAUGUCUUGUCUUGGCUUGUGGAUCUGAUAUCAGCCCCGGACAUGAUGCAUCCAGAGUUGUUAAAGAAGUUAGUGUUGAACAACUUCUGCACAAUACCUGCUAAACUUCUGUUGCAACUGACGACUGCUUUUCGGGAGGGAGGACUACGUGACAGAAGUGGUAAUUUUUUUUACAAGGAACAUCUUCAUAAGUGCGAUGUCCCUGUCUUAGCUAUUGCAGGAGAUCGUGACCUGAUUUGCCCGCCUGAGGCUGUUUAUGAGACCGUGAAACUGCUUCCUGAGAACUUGGUAAGCUACAAAGUAUUUGGGGAGCAGGAUGGCCAGCAUUAUGCUCAUUAUGACUUAGUAGGAGGAAGAACGGUAACUAGUUAUAAGCUUUCCUUGUUCCACCUUCUUGGUUAUCAAAAAGAACUUAUUUGCAUUUCAUAAUGGCUCAUGUUUUUGCUAUUAUGUCCAGGCCGCGGAAGAAGUCUAUCCGUGUAUAAUCGAAUUUUUAAGCCAUCAUGACUAAACCCCAAAAUUCUUUUGCCGGGCUGCAAUUGUCUUACUUCAUGGGUAUAAUGAACCUCUUGUACUCCUGUGUCGGCUGUAGUGUGCUUUGGUGAUGAUGAAAGAUUAAAAUUGCUGGUAAGUCUAUUAAGAAGCCGUACAAGUUUAUCUGCAACGGUAUUGAGUUAUACAUGUUUCUGAUACCAUUCCAUUGUCAAGAAUCUUAUUAGUGGUUCUUUUAUUUUAUAGGAAAUCCAUUGUUGUAGGUAUUUAGCUUAUGCUCAACCACUCUUGGAAGCCUGAGCAGAAGUCCUGGCUUCGAGUGGCAAUCUGUUGUUUCAUUUAUUCUGUAGUUAUUCUGUAUUUUUUUUGCCUUCAUCCCUUCUUUUUUGUGGGGAUAAUGGGUCAUGAUGAGUAAAAACUUUACCAGGCAAUAAAAAAAAAUUGCAGGUUGAUUUAAUUUAUUGCUGAAACAAGUUAACA